GUCCUUCCAGCUCUUUUUCUUUCUGUUGUAUGGAGUGUGCCUUAUCCAUGGGAGUCACGGGCUUUCUUUGUUUAUCAUUGCAGAAAUUGAGUCGCACAAAGGAGGAGAAUCCUCAACCCUGUCCGCAGAAUGAGGAAGCUUUUUCAUUUCCACCAUUGACAGAAAACUCAAACAGCUGUGACCCAUAUGGAGAAAGUUUCAAGCAUUCACCAACUCUAAAACCACACCAGCCUAGGCACACUGAAAAGAAGCUAUACCACUGUGACGAAUGUGGGAAAGCUUUCACCCAGUCAUUUAGCCUAAAACGACAUAAACUCACCCACAGUGGAGAAAAACAACACACCUGUAACCAUUGUGAAAAAGCAUUCUUCAGCUUAUCAAAUCUAAAAGAGCACCAGCUUACACACAGCGGAGAAAAACCAUACAGCUGUGAUGAGUGCGGCAAAGCUUUCAGUAAGUCAUUUAGCCUAAAACGCCAUAAACUCACCCACAGUGAAGAAAAACCAUACUCUUGUGACCAGUGUGAGAAAGCUUUCAUCAAUUCAUCAAACUUAAAAGUACACCAACUCACCCACAGUGGAGAAAAACCAUACACUUGUGACCAGUGUGGGAAAGCUUUCAUCAAUACCUCCAACUUAAAAGUGCACCAACUCUACCACAGUGGAGAAAAACCAUACACCUGCACCCAGUGUGGGAAUGCUUUCCGCCAGUUUUCACAUCUAAAAAGACACCAGCUCAUCCACAGGGGAGAAAACCUUUACCUCAGAGAAGAACGUGAGGAACAAUUCACUAAGACUUCAUAUCUAGAAAGACACGGAGAUGAAUUAUACACCUGUGACCAAAGUGGACCGUCUCACCUACAACAGCACGAGUUUACAGACAACGAGGAAAAACCAUACAUCUGUGGCCAGUGUGGGAAAGCUUUCAUCAGUUCAUCAAGCCUGAAGGUUCACCAACUUUACCACAGUGGGGAAUGUGAGGAAGAAAUCAGUGAGUCUUCCUAUCUAGAAAGACACCAACCUGAGUGCAGUGGAGAUGAAUUAUACACCUGUGACCAGAGUGAGAGUGCUUUCAGAGGACCAUCCCAUCUACAACAGCACGAGUUUACCGAAAGCGAAGAGAAACCAUACAUCUGUGACCAGUGUGGGAAAGCUUUCAGGUGGUUGUUUAACCUAAAACGACACAAACUCGUCCACAGUGGAGAAAAACCAUACUCCUGCGACCAGUGUGAGAAGACUUUCCGUUUCCAUACCUCAUACAUGCGACAUAAAGCGUCCCACAUGAGUGGUAAUGGGAAACAUGAACGCUCUCAUAUUGGGAUCAAAAGGGGACGGGAAACGCUGGUCCACACUCCGAAACAGCAAGUGGCGGUAAUGGACGUAAACACUUUUCCAACCGCCAUCAAAGCGAAUGAAGAAGCAGCUAAAGACAAUCUGGUGUGGAGGUAA